AUGGAACUUGAAAUUCUCACACCCGUAAAAAAGUUAUUCAGCGACACCGUUUAUGGUGUACAGCUGCCCGGUAUUGGCGGCAGCUUUGAAGUGCUGGACAAACACGCACCAUUGGUGAGUGCGCUGAAAGCCGUGUGUUUGGCUGCUGCGGUAGGUACCGAAGGUCAGACCGCUUUGGCUAACGCUUCACCGCCGAUGUCUCCGCCACGAAAUCAAUAA